AUGAGCGCGGCUCUUGCCGUUGCAAACUCAAAAGAGGGCUCCUCAGCAGUUGCAGCUGAAAGCGUCCUCCCUCCUAGCCAUGCUCUCUUGGGCAUAGCACCUACGUUCUCUUCGGAUGGACUUCGUCAGGUCCUUCAGACCGACGUCGGGAUCUCCGAGUAUAUAAGCCGGGACGUUCCUCCCAUCAGCGGUAUCAUAAAACAACGGUUCACAGACUUCUUGGUGUUCGAAGUGAAUCAAGAUCACCAGGUUAUUCAUCUCAAGUCGUUGGACAUGCCAGAGUCAUCUUCGAAGAAGGGGAAAGGUAACAACGAAGGAAGUUCUAGCACCGCCGUUGCUGAGGCCUCAAUGGCCCCACCACAGGAGCCCGUCACCAGCGCUGAGUCGAAUACUGCAGAGCAACUGUCUGCUAGCACUGAAGCAAAGGACAAAGAUGAUUCCACUCCCGCAGACACACUCUGGAACGAUCAAUUCACGGAAAAACUAACACCGUAUCUUAGCGAGGCUUCCAUCGACCAAUUGAAAACGAUGUUCCUUGAAGGACGCGAGCCUCCGAGAGUGACCGACAGCGGUUGGGGAGGUCGACUUACCCAAACUACCGAGGACGGUACUGAAACCCCAGAUACGGCGAAGCCAUCAGAAGAAGUGGAUGCAUUGCAGAGCGAUGACACAGGGAAAAGAGGAAAGAACAGAAACAGUCGCGGUGGCCGUGGUGGUCGAGGUGGCCGUGGUGGCCGCGGACGAGGUCGCGGUGGCCGGCAGGGAGGAGAAAGAGAAGAUCACAGAAAAGUGCUCAGCGAGCCGAUUUCCUCCAAAACGGACCGGACAACUUUACAUCAAGUUGUUCGAGAGUUAUUUGGCGGAAAGCUUGACAGCGAGACUGAUAUGUCGACCCCUGCUGGGGACGAUGGAUCUCGCAUAGUUAUAAAAUGGUCACGCCACGGUGGUGGUCGGGGCGGUGGUCGUGGAGGUCGAGGCGACCGCUCGGACAGGGGAAAUCAUCCUCCUUAUAUUCAUUUCACUCUCCAGAAAACCAACCGUGAUACCCAAGACGCUCUCGGCUACUUAUCACGUACUCUCCAUGUAAACAUAAAAGACUUGGCUGUUGCAGGAACAAAAGACAAACGCGGUGUCACUGUCCAGCGUGUGUCGUUGCGACGCGGGAACAAACCUGUGGAGGAUGUAUGGAAAUCUGCGAAUCAAUCCAACAGGCGGUCCGUACAAGAGAUUCUAUCCCAGCGUGGCGACCGUGGAGUUAGAAUAGCGGAUUUCAGUUAUCGCAAGGCUGGUUUAGAACUUGGCAUGCUGAAAGGAAAUGCAUUCGUUAUCACACUUCGUAACGUUCAGGUAGAAAAUGUAGAAACUCUUGACCGUGCCAUGAACUCGAUCAAGCACAAAGGGUUCAUCAAUUAUUACGGAAUGCAGCGUUUUGGGACAGCCGCAGUGCCAACUCACUCCAUUGGCUUGGCAAUUCUGAAAUCUGAUUGGCACAAAGCUGUCUCCCUCAUCCUCCAGAAUCGGCCUGGAGAACACCCUGAAGUUGUCGCAGCCCGUGAUGCGUGGUUAGUGGAUGGCAAUUUAGAUCGUGCCCUGGCUUUAAUGCCCAGACGGGUGGUUGCGGAGCGCUGCAUUCUCGAGAGCUACAAGAAGCAAGGUGGAGAAACCAGGAACGCAAUGGGUGCCCUGUCCACGAUUCCUCGAAACUUGCGGCUCAUGUAUGUCCAUGCAUACCAAUCCUACGUGUGGAAUGCCAUCGUCUCGGAGCGAAUUCGCAUACACGGUCCUGAUAAAGCGGUACCUGGUGAUCUCGUCUUCGAGAGCGAGCCGGCCGCCAAGGGAGGGAGUGGAGAGAAUGAUGAGAUGGAAGUGGACGAUGAUGCGGGUAAUGAGGAGCAAGUCACCACAGAGGGAAAGGGCAUGAGCUAUCGUGAGCGCAAGAAAGCUGCCAAGGCUGCUUAUGUUGCACCAAGUAUCAAAAUACUCACUGAGGAGGAUGCCCAUCAGUACCCGAUAUUCGACGUAAUCAUGCCACUCCCAGGUAGAGAUGUUGAUUACCCAGGUGGUACGCUCGGAGAGCGCUAUCGGGAAUUCCUGCGCCUGGAUGGACUCGACCCGGAUAACUUCAUCCGCAAACAAAAAGAGUACACUCUUAAUGGCUCCUACAGAAAAAUCCUCCAGAUUCCAAAAGAUCUCUCGUGGUCUACACUCAGGUAUACAGACCCAGAUGUCCCGCUUGCACAAGCAGAUGAAGACAAGCUCCUGGGAUUUGACCCACCAGUUAUCGCUGACGAUGGGAAAUUUCUCGCGCUCCAGAUUAACUUGACACUGGGGACAGCCGCGUACGCCACAAUGGCGUUGCGAGAGGUUACCAAGACUGAGACAAGUUCGCAUUUCCAGACUGGUCUUACUCAGGCCUCUGAAGACCAGCAGUUUCGAGGUGUAGUAGCAGGACUCGGAGAUGUUGCAGAAUUGGAUGACGAUGACACAGAGAUGGAAGUAUCAAAUACGUUAGAUUCAUAG